ACAGGAGCCACGGUAACCACCUUAAGCUCCUAUGAAGUAUCUGAUGGUUGUGAGAGGAAGAAAGGUCAACGCUGGGGGUCCCUGGAACGUCGGGGGAUGCAAGCUAUGGAGGGGGAGGUGUUACUCCCUGCUCUCUAUGAGGAGGAAGAGGAGGAGGAAGAAGAAGAAGAGGAAGAACCAGUGCAGAAAAGCAGCAGCAUGGGCUCCCUGUCACUUGGCAAACACCGGGGCCUGAGCCUCACCGAGACGGAGCUGGACGAACUGAGGGCUCAGGUGUUGCAGCUGGUGACAGAGCUCGAGGAGACACGGGAGCUGGCAGGACAGCAUGAGGACGACUCCCUGGAGCUGCAGGGGCUCCUGGAAGAUGAGCGGCUGGCCAGUGCUCAGCAGGCAGAGGUGUUCACCAAGCAGAUCCAGCAACUCCAAGGUGAGCUGCGCUCUCUCCGGGAGGAGAUCUCCCUGUUGGAGCAUGAGAAAGAAGUUGAACUGAAAGAAAUAGAACAGGAGUUGCGCUUGGCCCAGACUGAAAUCCGGACUCUGCGGCAAGCAGCAGAGGAUUCGGCGACCGAGCAUGAGAGUGACAUAGCUUCCCUGCAGGAGGACCUGCUAAGGCUGCAGACAGAGCUCGAUGACAUGGAGCGCAUCCGGGGGGAGUAUGAGCUCGAGAUCUCCUCCCUCCGGGCAGAAAUGGAAAUGAAGAGCUCUUACCCAUCCAGUACCUUAACUUCCUCUGAUAUCUCUGACUUGCAAGAAGAACUGGAACAACUGCGGGAACGCUACCGCUACCUGAACGAGGAGUAUCAGGCCCUGCAGGAGAGCAACAGCAGUCUCACAGGACAGCUUGCAGAUCUGGAGAGUGAGAGAACACGAAGAGCAACUGAAAGGUGGCUGGAGGCCCAAACCCUAAAGACGAUGUCAUCAGCAGAGUCUCAGACGUUAGAAAUGGAUUUCCUUGAGCCUGACCCUGAGACUGAGUCGUUGCGACAGCAGCUCCUGGGAGCAGAGGAGCAGAUGCAUGACAUGAAGAGCAAGUGUAAGGAAUUGUGUUGUGAGUUGCAAGAGCUGCAGCACCAGCGCCGGACCAGUGAGGAGGAGCAGAAGCGGCUACAGAGGGAACUCAAGUGCGCGCAGAAUGAGGUCCUGCGGUUCCAGACGUCUCACAGCAUCACCCAGAAUGAGGAGCUGAAGACCAAGCUCUGUGCCCUGCAGGAAAAGUAUGAUGCUAGCCAGGAGGAGCAGAACGAGCUCUUGAAGGUGCAGCUCCAACUUCAGACUGAGCUCCGGCAGUUCAGAGUCACAAAAGCCACAACCCUAGAAAGUCAUAGUGAUAAGGAGUUACAGUGCCGGCUCCAGCGGCUGCAGCAGCAGUACCAGAACACCGUGUGUGAGAAGGAGCGGCUGCUGGAAAUAGAGCAGCAACUGCAGGAUGACCUGCAGGGCCUCGAGGCCGAGGUGCAGCGCCUCAAGGACAUUGAGGCCUCCUUCCAAGAGAGCAUGGAUAAGAACGAAGAGAUGCACAACCAGCUUCAGGAGAUGAAACAGCUGUACCAGGCAAGCAAGGACGAGCAGGAGCGGCAGAAGCACAUGUACAAUCAACUUGAGCAGGACUUCAAGCUCUGCCAGCAGGAGCUGAAGCAGUUUAAGAGCACCCAGAACCUUCCAGAGGACAAGGGGAAAUGUACCACUAAGUGUGAUGAACUGCUGUGCAGACUGACAGACUUGCAGGAGCAAUACCAGGACAGCCAGAAGGAGCUAGAGCAGCUGCAGAUGGAGCAGUGUGAGCUCCUGGAGGACCAGAGGCGGCUGCAGGAGGAGCAGGGCCAGCUGCAGGAGGAGCUGCACAGCCUCACCCUCCCACUCCCCAGGACUGCCUUCGUCCACAAGAGUCAGGAGCUCCUUAAAAAGUUACAAGAUCUUUGUGAACUGCAGCUGUCCUGCCAAGGCCUGCAGGGUGACCAGAAAAAGCUGCUGGAGACUCAAGGCAGCUUAUUGAAAGAACAAGUCUUGAUGCUUGGAAAGCUACGACUUUACAGAGAGUCCCAUUUCCAGGAGGUGUUGGAGAACCCCAAUAAUUCCAAAUUGCCAAAAUCCUCAAAACAUGAUCCUAGCAAGCAGUCUAAGGAGCUCAUUGCCAAGCUUCAGGGCCUACAGACACUGUACCAGGCGGGGGAGGUCCAGCAGGAGCUGCUGCAACAGGAGCAAGGGAGGCUCCUGGAGGAACACCGGCGGCUUCAGGCCGACUUACAGCUCUGCCUGGAAGAAAUGCAGCUGCUCCAAGCCCAGUCCCCUACCAUCAGAAUGAGCCUUGAGUCCUACAAGAACAGUCAAGACAGCAUGCCUGCCAGCAAUGAGAGCUAUCACAAGAGUUACAAUAGCAACCAGACGAGCACAGAGAGCGUUCUCAAGAGCUACGUGAGCAGCAGCAACAACAGUGAGGUCUCUAACCAGAGUCAGCAUGCCAGCAGCAGUGACAGCAUCAGCUACCAGAAGAGUUAUGGCAGCAGCACCUAUAGCAGUGACAGCUAUAACAAGAGUUACACCAGCAGCAUUGACGACGUCGCUGCUGAGCCAGAAGAUCUGGAGCGCUUGGAGGAGAUGGUCGCCAAGGUGUUGAUCAAACUGCAGGCUGUGCAGGCCAUGUACCAGGUCAGUCAGAACGAGCACAGCAUCCUGCAGGAGGAGAUGAGAAAGUUGCUGGAGAAGCAGAAAAAGCUGAGGGAAGAGCUGGAUGACUGUGAGAAGGAAUUCAAGGACUGCAUGGAAUGCCUAGAGAAGCCUGCUACCCUCCAAAAUGACAAGAAUGAGAUCAAAGAGCUGCAGACCAAACUGCGGGAGCUACAGCUGCAAUACCAGGCUAGCAUAGACGAGCAGGGCCGGCUCUUAGCCGUUCAGGAGCAGCUGGAGGGGCAGCUACAGUGCUGCCAAGAGGAGCUUCUCCAACUCAAGGAGAAGAGGCUCUCUGUUUCCAAAGACCUCAAGGUUAAGAACAGCAACAAGAACAUGAACAAGAACGCCAAUGGGCUGAAAAACAAGAAGCCAAGUGUGGCCAAGAGUGAGGGCUGCUUUGAGACCAGGCAAAACAGUCUGGAGGUGGUGCUGUACUACGAGGCCAGCCAGAGGGAACUAGAUGAACUAACAAGAGAGCAGGAAAAGAAAGAGGAAACAAGGAAAGAGUCCUGGGAUGAACCACCUUCUGAGCUGUCAGAUCUUAGAGGACCUAGCUCAGCAGGAGAAUUGGAAGAAUUGGAAGAGUUCCAUGACCUGGAGAAUAAGGAAGAUGAGGACGAUGAUGACUCUUGCCCUGAAACUUCAGAGGGAAACCCUCUCAAACUUUCGGAGAGCAAAAAGCCAUCCCCUGCCCCCAACCCCCCCAUCUUCUCCUUGCCUCUUGUAGGCCUGCUGGUCAUCUCGGCUUUGCUCUGGUGCUGGUGGGCUGAGACGGCGUCCUAA